GUCAAAUCACAAAAAAGCUGAAGUGCUCGCUUUUUGCAUCAAUCGCAUAGUGAGGUGAAAACAGUUAAUAUUUUGCCGUGAAUGAAACAUUUUAGAGUUUAAAUAUUGUCGGUCAAGUUCGUCAAUACAUUUUUUCAACUACCGAAACUGGAAUCCAAAAUGGCGCUCCCUUCAAACUACAAACAUUCGCCGGUUUCGACCCCGACAACGCAGCGAUUGCGUCCUUCCGGAUCCAGCUCGGAUAGUCGCAAACCGGACACCUCCAGCCCGUUCAUGCACAGCCCGCAGGGCAAUCCCGCUUUUACGCCUCAAAAAUUGGGCAAGUCGGCCACCACUGCGGAGGCCAAAAUGAUCAAACCACCGAAGGCCCCAGAGAAACCGCUAAUGCCGUAUAUGCGUUACUCGCGCAAAGUGUGGGAUUCGAUCAAAGCUUCCAACUCAGAUCUUAAACUAUGGGAGGUGGGAAAAAUUAUUGGCCAGCAGUGGCGCGAUUUGCCGGAGAAAGACAAAGAGGAGUACAUUACGGAGUACGAAACUGAAAAACUAGAGUAUGAGAAGAACCUUAAAGCGUACCAUAAUUCCCCAGCGUAUUUGGCCUACCUGACCGCAAAAAAUAAAUCCAAACCGGGUGGUGACGGCGAUGGUCACGAGAGUACAAGAUCUAGCUCGAAAGGGGGCCAACAAGAUCGAAGAAUUGAUAUUCAACCAGCCGAGGACGAAGAGGAUCAAGAUGACGGAUAUUCGUUUAAGCACGUGGCUUAUGCGAGAUUUUCACGCAACCAUCGUUUGAUAAACGAAAUUUUCUCGGAUGCCGUUGUUCCGGAUGUUCGUUCGGUGGUAACCACGCAAAGAAUGCAUGUUUUGAAAAGACAGGUGCAGUCGUUAGCUAUGCACCAAAUGAAGCUGCAGCAUGAGUUGCAAUUGAUUGAGGAAAAAUUCGAUACCAGAAAGCGUAAAUUUGUAGAAUCUAGCGAACAGUUUCAGGACGAACUUAAGAAGCACUGCAAGCCGGCCGUUGAUGAUGAAACUUUUCAAAAAAUGGUCGACAGACAGUAUGAGAUGUUGAAACGUGAACGUUUACGGACUGUAGAGGAACAGCAGAAGCCAUUAAUGUCAGCUCUUACUGCUACUAAACCGGAUGAUCAUACCGGUGAUGGUUUAGCCGUUGGAACUGCAGCUAUUCCACUCAGUGAGGAAGUUCGUUCCGAACAGGAACCUAUGGCGAAAAUUUCCCAAGAUACCAUACAGAAAAAAGACGAAAGGGAAGAGAUGCCGCACAAACCAGAUGAAGUCUCGAAACAGGCUGUUACUCAGAAAAUACAAGAACAGGAGACAACAAAGGAAGCACCGCUUGAACACAAGCAACCACCAAUUGAGCAACCAUUACCGAGUGCACCUGUUACUACGGCCCCUAUUAUGCCACCAGAGCAUUAUCGCUCUCCGCCAACAGCUCCCGAGCCAAAACCGGAAGCUGCACCGGUGGCAGCCGUUCCACCGCCACCAGUAUCAGCGCCUCCACCGCCACAUCAUCAUGUUGCAGCAGCACCAACAUCUGCUCCUUCAUCACCGUAUCCAUCGCAUAGUGCAGAAUCUCAUGUGGCUCCGCCGAACGUUACGGUUCCUCAUCAUCAGGCUCCUCCACCACCGCCACCGAGCCAUCACAUGCCGCCGCAUAUGCAACCCCACCCAGGUAUGCCGUCUCACUCCGGAUACCCAGGGUAUCCCCAUGCAGGUCCUCCCAGACCAUACUAUUUACCGAGUGGUUACGGAGCACAUCCCCAAUCUUACGGACAAUAUGGCCACUAUCCAUAUCAUCAACAAUAUGCACCGCCACCACCAGGUCAAUACAUGCCAGGACCACCGCGUCCCGGUCAUGGUUCCCCUAUGGGCCAUUACGGGGCUGACCCUCAUCACGGAGGACCCGUAGGUGAUGGUCAUCAUCCUCACUCUCCAUACGGGCCUGGACCUACCCCUGGUGGUCCACCACCAACGGGCGCAGGUAGUGCUACAGGACAAUCUGGACCCGGAGGACCUCCCCCACAACCCGUUGGUCCCGUCAGUGGACAUCCGACUGAUGGUGAGAUUCCUGAGAAACCCGAAAAACCGGAAAAGACUCCUGCGAAGAAAAAGAAAUCCAGCAAAAAAGACGCCGAGAAGAAAGUUGUCCAUGACGAUUAAAGAUAGUGCUAAUGUUCCGAUUUUCAAAACAUCUGUUUCAACGUAAUUCCAAUAAUCUUCAUACAUCAUGCGUUUCUCUGUAGCCGUAACAACUUUAUGAAAUAUAUCCUAGAUUAUAGGGACAAAAA